AUGGCAACAUCACAAACCGAUACUGGUGAACUCUUUUUAAGUCGUCUCUCAAAAACAUUUAUAUGUCGUCCAGGUGACAAUGUGCUUCUUGAAUGUUAUGUUCGUCGUGAACGUGUUAAAUCCAUUGCAUGGUAUGCAAAUGGUGAAUUAAUUGAAGCAAGAGGUUUUCGUAUGUGGCAUCGAUAUCAACCAAGAACAGGUCAAUGCACACUUUAUAUACGUUCUGUACUCUAUUCGGAUGAUGGCACAUAUUGUUGUGAAGCAACAAGUAUAGAUGAUGUUGUUGAAAUAUUAGAAAUUAAAUUAAAAAUUGAACAUCAGGAUAAAUCUUGGACUAAAAUUCCUGUACUUCAAAGAGCUGGACAUGUAGUAUCAGAAAAUGAAGAUAAAUCGAGUACAAUAUUCUUAAUCUCAAAUAAUCAAAGCUCUUUUGUUGUUGAAAAUAUGUUUCCACUACAUUGGUAUGAAUUACGUAUUGAUCGACCAUUACUUGAUCCAACAAUAUCACUUGAAAAUACUUCAUUACAACUAUCAUGUCGUAUAGCUGGCCUUCAUAUUGAUAAGUUUGAAUGGUAUAGAAAUGGAGAAUUGAUUGCUAUUUGUACUGAAACUCCACCAUCAUCACUUUUAACAACAACAACAACAACAACAACAACAACAACAACAACAAUUACCGGUGAAAUUGAUCGUGGUGUAUUCCAUGCAUCUUAUGAUACAUUACCAGCACACUUUAUUGCUUUAUUAACUAUUGAUAGUACAACAAAAGAACGUCAUGAAGGUAGAUAUGAAUGUCAUGCGUUGAAUGCACAUUAUCAUGUUUCAUCGUCGUGUGAAGUUAUUAUUAAACAAAUUGAACAAGAACAAUUACCAACUGAUGAAACGGUAUCUUCUCGUCUAAUAACGGAAACUAAAAAACGUACAGAUGAUGACCGACAGGAACAAACACUUCCAAUAGAACCCAAACGUCUUCGUAUUGAUGAAAUAACAAGUGAUCGUCAAAAUCAAUAUUAUCAACCAUUAACAAUAAGUCCUGUUGAAUCACCAUUUCGAACUAUUGGUGAUCAAUUGGUACCUUCAACUGAAAGUAAAAAAGAAAUAGCAAAAACUGUCAAAUGGAAAGAGCAAAUAGAAACUUUUCAAAAAAGUGAUUCACCAUAUGAAGUUGACACAUUACUUCCACCAAUACCAGAAACAGUUCCAUCAUCAUCAUCAGAUGAAAGUAGUAGUGCAUCGGCUGGUGAUCUUGAACAAGUUCUUCGUUCACAUUCAUUACUUUCAACACAUCCAAUAGAGAAAAAUGUUGAUACAAGUAGUAGUUCUGAUACAGGCACUGAAUCAUUAGGAAUGUGCCCCGUAUUUUUUCAAUUACUUCCAUCAAAAAUUGAAUGUGAAGAAGGUGAACGUUUAUUACUUUCAUGCCAAGUUAUGGCUGGUAUACAAUGUCAAAUAAAAUGGUUAAUUAAUGAAAUGAUUAUUGCUGAAAAUAAAUCUCGUACUCGUCGUCAUUAUAAUCCUGAUACUGGUAUUUGUUUUAUGAUUAUUGAUCCAACAAUAAUUACUGAUACAGGAAUUUAUCGUUUAAUUAUUUCAAAUCGACAUGGUCAAGCACAAUCAACAUGUCAAGUACAAAUUUUAAAUCGUCAAUUACCACCUAUGCCUGAAGAUGAUUUGUCAACUCGUUUAUAUUUUAUUAAACCAUUAUCAUCAACACCAAUACUAUGUCGUGAUGGUGAUACUAUACAAUUAUCAUGUGUUGUGCAUGGACGACGACCAAUAAAUAUUCGUUGGUUUAAAGAUGAACAACAAGUAUUAAUUAAUGAUAAACAACAACAUACACGUCAGAUUUAUUUCGAUUCUGUAACUGGUAAAUGUACACUUACUAUUCAUGAUAUUUAUCCAAAUGAUACCGGAGUAUAUCGAUGCGAAGCAACUAAUGAACAAGGAAAAGCCAGUACAACAACUACGGUUGAUGUAACACAUUAUCACUAUGAAGUAGAUAGUGAAAUGUCUUCAGCAUCAUUUGCAUCAAGUCCACCAAGUGAUCAUGAAGAUUUAACAGGAUCACAAUCAUAUCGAUCUGUAGACGAAAAAGCUUUAUAUGAAGAAUCACGUCGUCUUGUUGAAGAAUUAGAUGCUCGUAUUGCUGAUUUAUCUAGUGGAACUACAACGACUAUUGAAGGAAUUCAACAACAACUACAUGGUAAAAUAUUUUUUUUUUUUAUUUCAUAA